AUGUAUUUAACAGCCCAACUAGAGCCCAACAAUCCUAACCUGGGGCCCAGGCGGCCAGGCCCGCUUCUGCAGCACUUUUCCUUCGCGUCGUCUCGGCUCUUCCUCCGGCGCGGUGUGUUCCCGUCGACGAACUCCUCGUCCGCCGUUUCCCUUACCCUUGGCGCGGGUUCGCCUCAAAGAUUCUUCAGCCGCGUGGCGGAUCGAGGUCUCCCCGACCACCAAACCGCCGGCGAUGACCCAAGCCUGGUCCGUGUCGUCUCCGUGCGGCUGCUAGCUCUACUAUUGCUCCGGCGUCGAGUCUGCACCGGAGGGCUGUGUAAAAGGGCUCCUCGUGUCGACCAGCUUAGCCAAUCUGCUGUCGGUUUUUCCAAAUUUUACUUUGGAAAGAACGCGCAGAGAAGGUUGGAGGAGGUGAAACUACGGAAGGUUGUGGCGUUCUUGUUGAUUAGCAGUUGCAGCAGUGCAGGAGGACUUGUCCAGCAAUCAAGUAUGCAGGGCUGCAAGAUGAUCUCUUGUGACAUCACCAAGUUGAUGGGUAUGAAAUCAAAUGCGAAAAAAUUACCUGCUACUCUCUCAGGAAAACUACAAUUUGGAUGAGGUGUGUCUACAUUCGUUAUUGAAACAUGGAACUCCAGCCUGCAAAAUCAAAAUGUCGCGGGCCGUUCAUGGAUAUUGGAUUAUUUUUCUGUUUCCAGGACAGAGGGGAAGAGAGAGAGAAGGAAAAAAACUAAGCCCAACACUUCUAUUUUCAAAGUCAAAGGAUAUAAGAUCCCUGCAUGGUUCUGACUGAACAUUGAUACCAGGAAGCACUGCAUCUUAGAGUUUGAUAGUUUAAAGACAAGGCAGCUUUGGUCGGUAGUGAUUUUGAUUGAUACAAAACACAAGUUCUUAUUAGUUUUUGAUAA